UAAAGUCAUUCGUAGCCAACAAGACGAAGAGCCUAUUGGAAAGAGGCAGUGCUGGAGUUUGUACAGUGUGACAUCUUCACAAUGUGACAGAAAAAAAGCUGAUAAUGAAACAUCCUGCUUUAAUGAGAUUGCUUUGUGUGGAGAUAGGUAUUGUUUGUGCUGGUUUCUUUGUCUCUGUGCAAUGUCAGACAUUUAAAGAGAACAAUGUUACCUCUUGUUUUAAUUAUCAUCACUGCCAGUCUUCUCAAAAUGGAGUCCAAGACUUAGACUGUUUCAAAAAAUCAAAAAAAGAUCCUUUGACUUGCUACUGGAAAUCUGGGUCCAGUGCUUCAAACAUUACAACGUACACACUCAUAAUUGCACAGGAGGUCAGAGAUUACUGUAAAAUACACCACAACAUUUCUAAAACAUUCCAUUCCAUUGAAGUUUUUGGUAAAUAUGAAAUGAAUGCUUGGGUAAUAGACGAAAGCUCACGAAACAGAAAUUGUUCAAAAACCUUUUUCAGGGGCAUUCCUAACAAUCUGAUUCGUUGUGAUCCACCUACAGAAAUAAUGUUUAAACGAGAUAGUGGAAAGAUUUAUAUAUCUUGGAUGGAACAAAAACACAUUAAGAAGUACAAUAUCCAGCUUAGAGAAUCUGGCCAUCCAUCUUGGAAAAUGGUGGUUUCCGAAGAGAAUGCCAAAUACAUGUUAUUUGAAGGGCUCAAUCCCUCACUCUCCUAUGAAGUUCAGGUGCAGUGCACACCAAACCAAAAGUGUCCUCAGUGUUCAUGGAGUGAAAUGUUUCUUGUGCCUGCAGAGUUGACAAAGAAGCCAGUUAUUGUAAAAUUUCAAACUUAUCCAGUGAAAAGAGGACAACGAUCAUUCUUCAUAAACUGGACGUUUGCCCAAAAUGCGACUGUGGAUGGUUAUACUGUGACUGUAAGAAAGGAAUCAAGAGAGUUCAAUCAGAUUUUAAACACUACACUCCCAGAACUGUAUCUGACUCUCUCUGGAUCAUCUUAUCUGGUCAGCGUGAUGGCUUUCAACAGUGCUGGAAGUUCUCCACAAGCCGAAAGAAAACUACCAGCACUUCAAAACAUUGACUUACUUGAUCAGAUAAAUGUAACUGCAGCAUUCAACAAGAGUUUCAUCAUUUCCUGGGAUCCCAAAAUGAAAUAUUCUUACAGAUGCUAUUCUAUUGAAUGGGGUCUGGUCAAUCAAACAUUGUCACAUAUAACAUUUUAUCUAGCGAAUGAAAACAGUCGUGAAAUAAAAGAUCAUUUCGAACCCUUCAAGAGAUACCAGUUCAUUCUACAUAUAAGACCCUAUAAAGACACAUGUAACUUGAGGCAUGUGAAUAACAGCGAGACAACGUACGCAAUGGCAGAAGCCUACAUCUCUGAAGGACGACCUGUAAGUGCCCCCAAUGGAACCUAUCACAAUGUUACAAAACAUUCAGCUUUGAUUGAAUGGACUACAGUCCCUGACGAAGACUUACGUGGAUUUCUCCAGGGCUACGUCAUUCACUAUGGAGUCAACUACCAGGAAGACGCUAUCUCAAGAAUCACUGUUAAUUCUUCCACAAACACCUACAAGUUAUCUAACCUAACAAGAAAUACUGUAUACAAAGUACAGGUGUCUGCUUUAACAAAUGCUGGAGAAGGAAAGAAAAGUCACUUUAUUAUUUUUAAAACACAACAAUACGAUCCUCUAACAAUAUCCUUGUUUGUUUUCGGCACGCUCAUUGGAAUAAUAUUGGGAUUGUUUGCUGUAGUUUGCACAUGUUCCAAAGCCCUUAAAUGGGCAAAGAAAUUGUUCUGGCCAAAUAUACCUAAUCCAGGCAACAGCAAUGCCAUCCAGAAAAUUGAUAGCACCCAUGCACUGGAUGUUUUGGAACCCAAAGUGACUUUGUAUUUACCUCCAACAGAAGGCAGUGACACCAACAGUGUGCAUAUUAUUGAGGAGGCAACAGAAAUGCUGACUGAAAGUGAUUUACCAGUAGCACAAGAAUGUGAAGAGUUGUAUCGAGGACUCCUCAAUGAAGAAGAAGAUAAUGAAAACACUACUUACACUAUAGGAUGCACAGAAACCAAUCAGGGUCCCAGUGUGCACAGGGAAACAGCACCGUUUGUUAGUGAUUAUACGACCAUGGAAACCUUCCAACAAACAAUGCCUCAGCUGCCUGUAGCAAACCCCCAACCAGGGGACAGCAAUGAAAAAGAUGUUACUUCUCCAAGGUCAGACCAAGACUAUGUCAAGCAAACACUAUGCCAUCUGUAGCCUCCACCAGUGAAAUCCCUUCUGUCACACACUGAGACACGAGUGGAAUUUUAUUUCUCUACCUGGCACAAAAUAAGCUCCAAAGCACUGGAUGUUGCAGGUGCAGCUGUUCUGCAGGUUCUUAUGUGAAGGCUCCUACAUAUUGAAGAAGAAAACAGAAUACCUCUACACUUGCUUGAGACAAUAUGGCUUCCCUCUUAUUUAUCAUGGGUCCAAAAAUACAUUCUUUCUUAAUAUAUAUAAAUUAAUAGAAAUUUCAGUUGAUUGUUUAAUUUUUU